CGCGCGCGACGCACGCUCGACCGCCGACGCGCGCUCGAAACGUUCGAAAGAAUUUAGUCCGUCGUUUCGCGACCGCACACGACCGAUCUCGACGCGCACGAUGUUCGCGAAGGCGAUGAUUCAAACCCGAGGGACGACCGCGGCGGUGACGCUGCGAUCGACGCGACGAUCGACGUCCGCGGGGGGGCGAACGCGCGCGGCGCGGGUCGUGCGGGCGAUGGCGGACGCGGGGGCCGAACGACGCGCGAGCGAGACCGCGCGAGUGCUCGAAAGAACGAAAGAAAUCUCGAACAGCGCGGAAUUGGACGCCGCGUUGGCGCUCGCGGGGGAUGAUCUCGUCAUGCUCGCGAUCGAGAGCGACGAGGAGUGCUACGCGGGCGAGAGCGCGUGGAGUGGAUCCGAUGCGAAGAUGGCGUCGUGUAAGCAAUUGAGCGCGUCUUUGGCGCGCAUCGCUCGCGAGGCGGAAGACGUGACGUUCUUGCAGCUCGACGUCGUCGGACACGAGGACGCGCGAGCGCUCGCCAAGGAGCUCGGCGUGCACCAGUUCCCGACGUACCAGUACUACAAGCACGGUGAAUUGAUGUGGGAACACGUCGGUGCGGGCGCUGGAUCGCACGAAAAGAUCGCCGAGGGUGUGUUGUACUACGGGAACACCGGUGCGGGUGGUAUGAAGACGACCGAGUACAUUCAAGAAGUGCAGAGCGCGGCGGAUUUGGAAGGGUUCCUCGCUUCCUGCGCGCCGGAACAAGACGUCGCGGGCUUGGUCGCGCCGAUUUCCGUGCCGUGCGAAAAGCAGCUCGCCGUCGUUGAUGUUUCCAUCGAAAAGAACGCCCCGGCGGGAUGCAUGCACAUCUUCCCGGCGAUCGUUUCUUUGGCCAAGAACACCGCCGGCGCGACGCGCUGGGCACGCCUCAUCGGCGACGCGAGCGAAGACGCCGCGGCGUUGAUGAAGUCCAUGAAAGUCACCGAAGUUCCGACUUUCGUUUUCUACGCCGAUGGUAAGGAAGUCGACCGAUACUCCGGCUCCGACCGCAUGGCGCUCAUGAACAAGGUGCUUCAGUUCCAACGCGCCAACGGUGUCAAGCUUCCGGAACGCGCCACGCGCAAGCGCAUGUCCACCGCCGAAGCUAAGGAAAUCGCCCGCGCCGCGCGCGAGCGCGAAAAGGCCGCCGGUCGCCGAUCGGGAUGGUAAACACUCUACGAAACCCUGUAAUUACGACGCGGCACGCAGCAUUAUAUAGAUAGUCG